GUGCAACGACUCCCUCACAGCGCGCAUGGAUGGAUCUAUAAAAAAGACCACUUUUGCCUAGGCUGGCCUAGCUUGAACUUGCACGUUUACCACGCGUCCAUUGUGUGGACGUUGUGUUUAUUGUUUUAAAAACUUAGCCGAUUAUUGUGAAAUCACUGGUACUACAGCAGAUUUGAAGUGUCUUUGCUGACAUAGUGUAAUCAUGUCUGACAGUGAAGGUAGCGGGUUUUCAGAUGUCGAUGGUGAUCAAAGCGCCCCAGAAGAUCAACUUGAGGGUGAUUUUGAAAGUGAUGCAGAUGAUGAUUAUGAUUCAGAUGAAGAGGAUGACACUAAGCACAAGAGGCAGAGGACUGGGGCUGCUAAAUUCAUCAUACAUGAAGCAGAUGUUGACAAUGAUGACAGGGGGGAGGACGAGGAGCCAGAGUGGGAGGCUGGGGCCGAGGAUUACAUUGACAAGAAUUUCAUUGAAGACGAUUCGGAAAGACACGGAGCUCAACGACUUCACCAGUUGUUCAAUCAAGAAAAUGAAGAGAACCUCGAAGAAUACUAUAAGAACCGGUACCAGACUAAUUUUAGCGGACAGUAUGUAGAUGAGGAUGAUAUUCCCGAUCAUAUUAAACAACAAGGACUUCUGCCAGGUGUCAAAGACCCAAAUUUGUGGAUGGUAAAAUGUCGUAUUGGAGAAGAGAAGGCUACAGCUAUACAAAUGAUGAGAAAAUAUAUGGCGUACCAGUACAAGGAUGAGCCGCUGCAAAUCAAGUCUGUCGUCUGCGUAGAGGGCAUCAAGGGAUAUUUGUACGUGGAAUCGUUUAAACAGACUCACGUGAAGCAUGCCAUCCAAGGUGUCGGCAACCUGCGCAUGGGCUAUUACAAGCAGCAGAUGGUCCCAGUUAAAGAGAUGACAGAUGUCUUGCGUGUCGUAAAAGAAAAAGUUGUUUUGAAAGAGCGAGCUUGGGUCCGCAUGAAACGAGGUGUAUAUAAGGAUGAUCUUGCACAAGUUGAUUAUGUUGAUUUGGCCCAGAAUCAAGUAACGAUUAAGUUGAUUCCUCGAAUUGAUUACUCGCGACCGAGAGGAAUAUCAAGAACCUCGGGUGAUGCGGCUGAUAAAAGGAAGAAACGGCGUCGACCAAUCUCAAAGCUCUUUGAUCUGGAAGCUAUCAGGGGCAUAGGAGGGGAAGUGUCCACUGAUGGUGAUUACUACAUGUUUGAAGGAAACAGAUACAGUAGGAAAGGUUUUCUGCAUAAAACAUUUGUCAUGAGUGCUAUUAUGACAGAGGGUGUGAAGCCAACGCUAUCAGAGCUCGAAAAAUUUGAAGACAAACCGGAAAACAUUGACAUGGAAUUGGUGAACACCAAAAGUACUAGUGAUGUCACACACUCCUUUGCAGCCGGAGACAACGUAGAAGUCAUUGAAGGGGAGUUGAUCCACUUGCAGGGAAAAAUCCAGUCAGUAGAAGGCAACACAAUUUUUGUAAUGCCCAAGCAUGAAGACCUGAAGGAUUUAUUAGAGUUUCCUGCUCAUGAGUUAUGUAAACAUUUCAAGAUCGGAGAUCAUGUUAAAGUCGUAGCAGGGCGCUAUGAAGGCGAUACAGGACUGAUCGUACGAGUUGAAGAAAAUAUGGCAAUUUUAUUCUCUGAUCUUACCAUGCAUGAGUUGAAAGUGUUGCCAAGGGAUUUGCAGCUGUGUAACGAGAUGAGCUCAGGAGUUGACUCAAUGGGACAGUUCCAACUCGGUGAUCUUGUUCAGUUAGAUGCACACACAGUCGGUGUAAUUGUACGACUUGAAAGAGAAGGCCUUCAGAUAUUGAGUAUGCAUAACAAGGUCUCGCAUGUUAAACCCCAGGGCGUGACACGCAAGAAAGAGUCUAGAAGCGCUAUUGCAUUGGACGCUGAACAGAACAACAUCCAGUUAAAGGAUAUUGUGAAAGUCAUCGACGGACCGCAUUCUGGACGGCAAGGUGAAAUUCGGCACAUCUACAGAAGUUUUGCAUUCCUACACUCGCGCUUAAUGACUGAAAAUGGCGGAAUCUUUGUUUGUAGAAAUCGGCACAUUGUGUUGGCGGGUGGAUCAAGGCCUAUGGAUAGUAGUCUUAUUACUAGUGGAUAUUCUCCGAUGUCUCCGAGAAUUUCAAGUCCUGCCCACGGAAGUGGACCGCAGCAACAGGCUGGAGGACGAGGCCGAGGGCGUGUCGGCAGAGAUCGUGAUAUGAUUGGGCAGACCGUACGUAUUUGCCAAGGCCCAUUCAAAGGUUAUAUUGGUAUAGUGAAGGAUGCAACUGAGACAACAGCACGUGUUGAGUUACAUUCAAUGUUUAAAACAAUUACUGUAGAUAGAAACCGCUUGAACCCAGUAGGGGGGCAGAAAAGAAGUGGUGCAAGUACGUACUAUGCGAGGACUCCUAUGUAUGGCUCUCAGACGCCUAUGUAUGGAUCAGGAUCCAGGACCCCAAUGUACGGCUCACAAACACCUGUUCAUGAUGGAAGCAGAACACCUCAUUAUGAUUCAUCUCAAACGCCGUUGCAUGAUGGGAGUCAAACACCAGGUAGAUCCGGAGCUUGGGACCCGAACAAUCCAAAUACACCAUCAAGGCAAAGUGACUACGACUAUGGAUUUGAUGAUGCCACGCCUUCGCCGCAGGCUUACAGUUCCAACCCAGCCACCCCAGGUUACGCAUCUGACACACCUCCCAACAGCGGACCGUACACCCCCGCAACUCCUGGUAGUGCGUCUGGUAUCUAUGGAAGCGAAUCAACAUAUUCUCCGUAUCAACCUACAGCUUCUCCCGGUAGCUAUCAACCCAGCCCUGCAGGCAGCUUUAACCAAGCACCGAGCCCUGGUACAUACCAGGGUACGCCAUCACCACAGAGCUACCAUCUGACGUCGCCUGGUAGCUACCAAGCUACUCCGAGUCCAGUUGGCUUUCCUAUGACCCCAGGAGCUCCAUCUCCCAUGGGGUUCAAUCCACAUACCCCUGGGGGUACUAUUGACCCUAACCAGUCUGAAUGGCAAACGACCGACAUUGAAGUGAAGAUACGAGAUACGCAUGAUGAUAAGCAGUUGAUAUUCAAGACAGGAGUAAUUCGCAGUGUUUCGGGUGCUAUGUGUUCUGUGUUCCUACCAGAGGAUGAUAAGAUCGUAAAUAUCCACGCUCAUCAUCUAGAACCAGUAGUACCAACCAAGACAGACAGGGUUAAAGUUAUUCUUGGCGAUGAUCGGGAAAGCACCGGAAUGUUGAUAAACAUUGAUGGGGAGGAUGGCAUUGUCAAGAUGGACCAAGCAGAUCUUAAGAUCUUACAGUUAAGGUUCCUCGGAAAACUGCACGAAAAAUAAAAUCCUGUUAAUAUUUCAUCUGAAAAAAAUGUUGGAAUAGCAGAUAAAACAGGGCACCCUCCAAUUCAAGACGAACUGUAUUUAGAUCCAUUAGGAAGGAACUAUUGGUCUCCUAGCUGAAACGUAUCUUACAGUGGCAGGCCUAAUGGCAAACAUAAUGACAGACCCAAGGGCGUGUUUUUACAAUUACCCUAUAAAGGGUCAUAAGAAUAAGUUUUUUCUGCUCUUGGUAAAAACAUUUGGAUCUGCUUUGGCAUAAUAUCUGAUAUUAUUGAUGAAGAUAAUUAAAUUCUAAGGUAUAUCUGUUAUCUGAAUUCUAAGGUAUAUCUGUUAGGUUUUACUACUUUUCAAAAUUUUGUUGCAUAAACUUUUUACAAUACUUUCUUGUUAUUUUUUCUUUGAAAGCAACAGGACAUGUUCAACCAGAGAUUUUUAAUCCUAUAACUUACUUCUCUACUACUUUUUGUAAGUUGACAAUAACAUUGUUUACGUAACCGAUAAAAUCACAGAAAUAAAAUGGGCGUAUUAUUGAAUAAGCCCUUAAUUCACUGACGGUCAAGUCAGAUGUGAGAAGAAAACAGCAACAACUGACUGAAGUACUGUACUUGUACAUGCAAGAGACACAACUCUUAACCUUUACCCUUUACCCUAUGUCACACAUCAUACUUUUAUUUCCCUUCUAUCAAUUUUUUUUUUUAUUGUUGAUCAUAUAUUUGAAGUUUGCACACCAUAAAUGUUUGGUUUUUAUUGAUGUAGCUACCAAACAUUAUAUAUUACAAGUGUUAAUUAUUAACAGCUUUUGUUUCAAGACUGUAUACUUGCUUGUACUACAUGCAUGUUAUGUGUACUAUUGUUUUCUUUAAUGUUUUUUUAGACUGAGAAGCCAGUCCAGUGGGAAUUUACUGUUCUCAGUAAGGUUCCAGUUGAGCAUUCCAUCUACAAAGAGCUAUCCUCUUGUAGAAAAGAUUUUUUGGUUAAUCAUAAGUUUAAGUAACAUACUCCAAGUAUCUAUAAACACUGUGUUUGGUUACUUGGUUCUUUUGACUUCUGAAGUAAGUGAACAAAAAUGUAAGUAAAAUGUAUGUAAACACACAUAAAAUACAGUAAGUAUUUUUGUCACAAAAUUGCCUUAAGGUGAAAUGACUUGACGAAAAUGAAACCUAAAUUUUCAAGGCCCAAAAGGCAUACAUGAAGGUAUUGAUCUAGAAUUUAUAGAAAAGUAAAAAAAAGUGUGUACUGGAUGUUUUUAUUUGCAUUAAACUUUCGGGAUGUGCGAGUUCUCAUGAUCUCUCACCGUUCAGUCUAA